AUGCAGACGAGGUCACAUAAAGAGUCACAACUAUUAGAUAUCAAACCAGAUCAUUUUGACAAUGGGGUUCCCGUUUUCAAACCAACGAUGGAACAAUUUAAAGAUUUUUACAAAUUCAAUAAAUCGAUAAAUAAAUAUGGCUUGGAGGCAGGGAUCGUUCGUGUGAUUCCUCCACAGGAAUGGAAAGAAUCAAUCUCUCAUUGCUAUUCUGAGGAGAACUUGUCCAAAGUGGUUAUCAAAAAUCCAAUUGUUCAGCAGAUAAAUAGUAAUCAUCAUGGAGUUUUUCAAAUUCAGAAUAUUGAGAGAGCCAGAAAGUAUACGUUAGAGCAAUGGAAAGAGUUGUCAAAGAAACAGGAACCUCCAAAGAGACGCAAGAGACUGCAUGAUGAAAACGAAAAAGAUUCAAGCAGCAAAUUGAAUACUGCCGAGUUCAGUGAUGAUCAUUGUCAAGAGUUGGAACGAUCGUAUUGGAAAUCUUUAACCUAUUCCGAGCCUAUAUAUGGAGCUGAUUCCGAAGGAUCUUUGUUUUCAGAUGAUGACAAUGUGUGGAACGUGGCAAAAUUGCCAAAUGUUUUGGACUUGAUGGAGGAGCGACUUCCUGGCGUCAAUAAUGCGUAUUUGUAUGCUGGAGUUUGGAAAGCCACUUUUGCUUGGCACCUUGAAGACCAGGACUUGUACCUGAUCAACUAUAUUCAUUUUGGUGCUCCUAAACAGUGGUAUCUGAUUCCACAAUCACAACAUGAGAAAUUUUUCAAUGUAAUGAAGGAUUUGUUCACGGAGGAGUACAAGAAUUGUCCCCAAUUCCUACGUCACAAAACUUUCCAUGCACUGCCACAAUUUUUGGAAAAAAAGGGCAUUACUGUGAAUCACACCAUACAUCGAGAGGGUGAAUUUAUCUUGACAUAUCCUUAUGGGUACCAUGCAGGGUUCAACUAUGGUUAUAACCUCGCUGAGUCCGUCAAUUUUGCACUUGACUCUUGGUUUGAUAUUGCUAAAAAGACUGAUUGCUGCCAUUGUAUCCCUGACGCAGUCAAUAUCAAUGUUGACCAGUUGUGGCAAAGGUACAACUCGCUAAAGAAGAAUUCCUCAGUCUUUGUGUAA